AUGGCUUUGAUUCUUUUUUCCACACCUUCACUGACCUCUUCACUUCUGUGCAGUAACUUUUCCAGCGAGGCGAGCCAGGCCGGCAUGUUCGGACCUCCGAGCCAAUCAGAAGCAGCCGAUGCAGCGGCAGGAGGCGCCGUCCCCACCCCUUCUUCUUCGUCUUUGUCCUCCUCUCCUCCAUCGUCCUCCACUUCAGCCUUUUGCCCCGUCAACUCCGCCUCCCCCGCCUCCUCUUCCUCUUCCUCCUCCUCCCGACAGAUCGUAGAGCGCCAGCCCCGGAUGCUGAACUUCAGGGUGGAGUACCGGCAGCGCACGGUGGACCUGGUGCUGGAGGAGGGCAGCACAGUCGGAGAAAUCAAAACAAUCCUCGAGACAGAGCUCGCGGUUCCAGUGUCCAAAAUGCAGCUGAAGGGAUGGAAGAGCGGAGAUGUUUCCGAUACCACGGUGAUGAGAAGUUUACACCUGCCUAAGAACAACAGCCUGUACGUCCUGACCCCAGAGAUCGCCCCUACUGCCGGCACCAGCACCAGCAAAAACAGUGGUCUCCAGGAGUCGUUAAACCAGAACUUCCUGCUGGUCAUCAGCCACCGGGAGGCCCAGAGGGACUACAGUCUCAACUUCCCCGGCUCCAAAACCAUACAGGAGGUGAAGAGAAACGUUUCAGACUUGACCAACAUCCCAGUCCGGCAUCAACAGUGGGACGGAUGGCCCGCCUCAGCAUCUGAUGACUCGAUGACGCUAGCUGUCUCUGGGAUCACCUUUCCCUGCCAUCACCUCAGUGUUUGUCGAAGGUCCUCAGCAGCCAAUUCCCAGGAACCCACAGAAGAGUGUGCAGAUGUCCAUAUGGUCAGCGACAGUGACGCGGAUGAUUUUGAAGACGCGUCAGAGUUCGGGGUGGACGAUUCGGAGAUGUUUGGAUUGGGAUCCUCUACCUGUCGGAAAGCACCUAUGAUGCCAGAAAAUAGCGAGAACGAAGCUGAUGCCUUACUGCACUUUACUGCCGAAUUUUCUUCAAGGUAUGGAGAGACCCACCCAAUGUUCUUCAUCGGGACUUUGGAAGCUGCGUCUCAAGAGGCCUUCUAUGGCAAAGCCAGAGAUCUUGGCUUUACUGUGGUGUUGAAUUCACAGGAGGCUACGGACAAAACCCAGUACGGUAGCUACAGUGCAGUGCAGGAAAACAUAUCCAUGUUAUUGAUCACAGAUAAUUAUCUGUACCUUCAGAUCCGUCAACACGCCAGAGCCUUUCACCAUCAGGAGAAUCCGGAUAUCAUAUCACACCCGGGGCUUGAGUCACUGUCGGAUUUGUUUGACGACCUCAGUACACUCCAUCGGGUGAUUGGUGUUGAUCCCCGUCAUACUCCAGCUAUGCCUCAUCGAGUCCUCAAAGGCGGUCUUCCAUACGCCUUAGCAUCUCCUCAGUUGAGCAAACCUAUCUACUUGGACACCUCGUGCUCCGCUUGA